CUCUCCCUGGGCUCCCGCGGCGGUGGCCACCCGGCAGGCCACCCACACCCACCCGGCAGCGGUGGGGCCAAGAGCUCGGCCACAGUGAGCCGCAACCUUAACCGCUUCUCCACCUUCGUCAAGUCCGGUGGGGAAGCCUUCGUGCUGGGCGAGGCAUCGGGCUUCGUGAAGGAUGGGGACAAGCUAUGCGUGGUGCUGGGCCCUCGGGGCCCCUACCCCUUCCAGUGCUCCAUUGAGGACCCCACCAAGCAGACCAAGUUCAAGGGGAUGAAGAGCUACAUUGCCUACAAGCUGGUGCCCAGCCACACAGGGCAGCAGGUACACCGCCGCUACAAGCACUUUGACUGGCUCUACGGGCGCCUGGCUGAGAAGUUCCCCGUCAUCUCCGUGCCCCACUUGCCGGAGAAGCAGGCAACUGGCCGCUUUGAGGAAGACUUCAUCUCCAAACGUCGCAAAGGCCUGGCCUGGUGGAUGGACCACAUGUGCAGCCACCCUGUGCUGGCUCAGUGCGACGCUUUCCAGCACUUCCUCACCUGUCCCAGCACAGAUGAGAAGGCCUGGAAACAAGGCAAGCGCAAGGCUGAGAAGGAUGAGAUGGUGGGUGCCAACUUCUUCCUGACCAUCAGUGUCCCCACCGGCCCUGGGGCCAGCCUGGACUUGCAGGAGGUGGAAAGCCAGGUGGAUGGUUUCAAAGCCUUCACGAAGAAGAUGGAUGAGAGCGCCCUGCAGCUUAAUCACACGGCCAAUGAAUUUGCCCGCAAACAAGUCACCGGUUUCAAGAAAGAAUACCAGAAGGUGGGGCACUCGUUUAAGUGCCUCAGUCAGGCGUUUGAGCUGGACCAGCAGGCCUUUUCGGCUGGCCUCAACCAAGCCAUAGCCUUCACUGCAGAAGCCUACGAUGCCAUUGGGGACCUCUUUGCAGAUCAGCCCCGGCAGGAUCUAGAUCCUGUGAUGGAUUUGUUAGCGCUGUAUCAGGGGCAUCUGGCCAACUUUCCAGACAUCAUCCAUGUCCAGAAAGGUAACACACUUACAUGUUUUCUGAAAUGA